UCUGCGCAGGAGCCCUUGAACCUGCCAGCCAAUGUGACCAUACACACACACAUAAAGAUGGAUUAUAAAGCCUCAGAUUUGAUCAUCAAAAUCCUUCGAGUCGACAACGCGCCCAGUGAGGAGCAAGCUGGCUCGCAAAGCUAUCAGGUCAGAAUGGCUCUGCUUGGAUUGAAAAAGAAGAAACGCUGGCACACACGCAUUGUACCCGCACCCAAUCCAGUUUUCAAUGAGGAAGCAGUGUUCAAGGCAGUGACACCAGAUGAGCUAGCCAAGAUGGCGCUAAGACUACGAUUGUAUGGCUGCAAAAAAAUGAGACGUCAUUUCAUCUUUGCCGAGUCGACAGUCGCCUUCACUGCACUGAACCUCCAUAGUGGCGAAGCGGACAUUCCAUUCGCUCUUGCCAUCAAGAUUGAACGCCAAAGUGUAGUUGACUCGGUCAGUCCAAACGCCUUCUACUUUCCUUAA